CCCCCCCCUCCUCCUUCUCCCCCUUUCCCUUCUUCCCGCUCGUUGGAGCUUUCUUUUUUCCCGGUUGAUUUCGGUCAAUCACGCUCUUUUUGUUGAGUGUUUUAUUAUUGCUUUUCUCCACCUCUUACCAUGGCCGCUGACGCCAAAUCCGCUCCUCCCACGGAGCACAAGGUGAAGCCUACUAAGCCCAACGAGGAGGCCUUCAAGGCCGAUCUCGCUCAGGCUGAGAAGGAGCAUGCCGCUGUUCAGGCCAAAUUGACCGAAAUCAAGGCCAAGAUCGAGACCGCCAAGCCCAACAACCAGGACUCGCCCGCCGCGAAGAAGCAGCAGGAACUCCGCGCUGAGCUGUCUUCGAUCCGUCAGAAGCAGCAGGGAUUCAAGGCUUCUCGCUCCAGCACCCAGGAGAAGAUCAAUGCCCUCGAUGCUACCCUCAAGGCUCGCAUUUCCGAACAGAACAACUCUCGUACGCGCAUGUCCUUCAAGAAUGUCGAGGAACUCGACCGCGAAAUUGCCCGCCUCGAGAAGCAGGUCGACUCCGGCACCCUCCGCUUGGUCGAUGAGCGCAAGAUUCUGUCCGACGUCUCCAACUUGCGCAAGCAGCGCAAGAACUUCGCCGGUCUGGAGGAGGCCCAGAAGGUCAUCAACGACCUCAAGACCCAGAUCGCUUCCCUCAAGAAGACCCUCGACAACCCCGAGGCCAAGGCUCUUAGCGACAAGUACUCCGAGAUCCAGAAGGAGCUCGAUGCCAUCAAGGCCGAGCAGGACAGUGCCUUCAAGAACCUCAACGCCCUGAGGGACGAGCGCACCAAGCUCCACGGCGAGCAGCAGAAGAAGUGGACCGCCAUCCGCGAAAUCAAGGACAACUACUACAAGGCCCGCAAGGCCUACAAGGAGUACGAGGAUGAGGCCUGGAGAGUCCGCCGUGAGAAGCAGAAGGCCCAGCGCGAUGCCUUCGAGCGCGAGAAGCGCAAGAAGAUCGCCGACAAGAAGCUGGAGGAGGCCUCUCGUCUUGCUUACACCGACGAGAUCCUCACCGCUCAGGGUCUGAUCCGCCACUUCAACCCCUCCUACGACUUCGUUUCUCUGGGUCUCGAUGAGAAGAAGGACGAGGGCUCCAGCUUCCGUGCUGAUGUCGGUCGUACUGUGGACGACUCCAACCUCAAGGGUAUGAAGGUUCUCAAGAAGGAGGACCGCGAGGAGGACUACUUCGUUGGCACUGGCGGCAAGAAGGGUAAGAAGGGCAAGAAGGGCGCCAACGGCAGCCCCGCCCCCGGUACCCCGACUGAGGCCAAGUUCAACCUCAACGUUGGUGUGAUCGAGGACUUCGCCAAGGUUAAGAUUGACCCUCCCAUGAACCAGUCGGAUGUUCCUGCUGUGAUCGAGAAGCUUGCCGCCAAGAUCACCGAGUGGAAGAAGAACCAGGCCUCUAAGACCGAGGAGAACAUCAAGAAGGCCCAGGAGGAGAUUGACCGCCUCGAGGCGGAAGAGACCGCCGUCAACGGUGCCACCGACUCUGCCAAGAAGCCCGCUCUCAAGAACAGCGGUGUGAACGGCGAGGUUUCCGCUGACGCCGAGCUGAAGCAGGAGAAGGACGCUGCUGCCGACGUGUCGGAAGAGCUCCAGAAGGCCAGCCUCGAGGAGAAGGCCUAAAUCAACCGCCAAGCAUAGAGUGUUGCAUCGCAUUGCAUCUGCAUCUUGCAUCAGCCAUGCUCAUUGUUAGAUCUGCAAAAGCUCGAGACUCGCAUUUGACACAUUUACACCCUGCGUCAUCCUUUGGUUCUCUCUUUGCAUCCAGGAGUCGUGUACCCCGACUCCUACCCAUCUAUCCCUACUAACUCCUCUUUCCUCUACUGAGAUAUGCCCA